GUUUUGAACAUAUUUCUGGCCUAUUUCAAUGAAUAUUCACAUUUUUUCUUGCGUUCCAUCCAGUUACGAACAUGAAAGUGGUAAAGUGGAAGCGAUACAAGAAUACAAGCUUACCAGUUUGCCGGCUAUAUUGCAUGUACAAUUGCGGCGUUUCAAUCUCAAUCCGACGACCAAAGAAACAAGUAAAAAUAACAAACAUUUCCGGUUCUAUCCAAGCCUUGAUCUGACCAAUUUCUGUAAAGAUGCGAUAUAUACGCUACAUUCCAUUUUGGUUCAUUCAGGCACAAACACGUCGGGUCAUUACAUGGCAUACGUUUGCCCAAAGGCCGAUGGUAAAUGGCUUAAAGUCAACGAUGAAACGGUUACAAAAUGUUCACUAAAAGAUGCUGUCGAGGAAAACUUUGGUAAUGACAAUGCGAACACAACAAACGCAUACUUUUUGGUUUACAUUAAGGAGUCGUGUAUUCCGAACAUUCUUCGAGACAUCGCAGUGGAUGAGGUCGUUUCAUUGGAUUUGAUCAAAGCCGAAAUGAGUAAACAAGAAUUAGAGAAAAAGGACAUUCAAGUGGUUGUAAAUCAUGGAGAUUCUGUGCUAAUUAACCGAAAAUUUAGCAUUGAUAUAAAUAUUGUUUUAUAA